AUGAACCACACCUCCAAUCCGACCAAAUAUGCCGAGGAUUCACAAUUCACAAUCCAAGAUUCCAACCCGAUAAAUUCUGAUUCUUACUCAGUCCGUCUAAUGAAACAAACCCUAUUGUAUUGCUAAAAUUCCCAAAGCUUAGCCCAAACCCUAACGAGGACCGAUUCUUCAAAUUCAAACCCAUAAAUUUUCCGGCGAAACAUCCCCUGUUUCCGGCGCCCGCACGGCGGUCAUGACGUCAUCCGGCAGUGGUUCCAGAGCAGUGGACACUGGGGUGGUAUUAAAUGGGGAUAAACUCGUAUUAAGAGGACUGAAGUUCCACGGGUUUCACGGGGUGAAGCCUGAAGAAAGGAAGCUAGGUCAGAAGUUUUUGGUAGAUGUAGACGCCUGGACGGAUCUCCAAGAAGCUGGCAAAUCUGAUCUCUUGUCAGAUACCAUCAGUUACACGGAGAUAUACCGCAUAGUAAGAGAAGUUGUGGAGGGACCGCCUCAGAAUCUUUUAGAGUCAUUGGCUCAGCUCAUAGCAUCUACAACCCUGACCAAAUACCCCCAGAUAUCUGCUGUUCGCAUCAAGGUUGGUAAGCCUCAUGUUGCUGUUCAUGGUACUCUCGAUUACUUGGGCGUUGAGAUUCUCAGAUACCAAAAACAGUGAUGUACAACACCGAGCUUUCUAUACAGUAGCACUUGCCGAGAAUGGAACUUGUUUUGAUGAAUUGAGAGUAAAUGAUAGUACUUCUUAGUGGUGUUUUCAUGUUUUAUACAGUGCUAUAUCAAUGUUAAAGUUUGCAAAGAUGUCGGCAUAAGAAAAGUUUAACAUAAUUACAUUAGCCUCUCGUUUAGUAAAA